AAUGAAUUCAGACGACGAGAUAUACAUGGAAGGCAGUGCUUCCAGCGAAGACGAUAUGGAUGAUGAAUGCCUCUCCGAUGACGAUGGAAUCGCUCGCCAUGAUCAGUCCGCUUCAGAUUAUCUGAACAAAAAAGACAAGGAUAAUGAGGUGCUUGACCACGAUUCAUUGGAAGCUGAAAUGAAGAAAGCAAUUUCAGAAGUAGAAGCAGUUCUUCAAGUGAAAACCGGCGUUUGUCGGAUUCUUCUACACAAAUACAAAUGGAAUAAAGAAUCGUUGUUGGAACGAUUCUACGAACAUCCCGACACAAUUGCUUUUCUAAUUGAUGCACAAGUUAUUCCACGUCAACAAGAAGUUAUUCCAGCUGGUGAUGCAGAAUGUGACAUUUGCUGCUCCAUGGAUGAACUUUCGGGUCUUUCAUGUAAUCAUAGAGCUUGUGCAGAAUGUUGGCAGGCAUAUUUGACCAAUAAAAUCGUAAGCGAUGCUCAAUCCGAAAUAGAAUGUAUGGCUCCAAAUUGUAAACUGCUAAUAGAAGAUGAAAAGGUGUUGUCCUACAUCUCAGAUCCGACUAUGGUGUCAAAAUACCGUAAAUUGAUGGUAGCAAGUUAUGUAGAAAUCAAUUGUCUUCUUAGAUGGUGCCCUGGAAUUGACUGUGGGAAGGCUGUGAAGGUCAGCCACUGGGAACCUCGCCUUGUUGUCUGCUCUUGCGGCACCUGCUUUUGCUUCUCUUGUGGACAAAACUGGCAUGAGCCCUUGAACUGCCGCCAUUUGAAAAAAUGGAUUAAAAAGUGCCAAGACGACAGUGAAACAAUGAAUUGGAUAAACGCAAAUACGAAAGACUGUCCGAAGUGUAUGAUUCCAAUUGAGAAGAACGGCGGAUGUAAUCGAAUGCUCUGUACAAAUUCUGGCUGCCGAUACGAGUUCUGUUGGAUGUGCCUUGAGCCAUGGACCAAACACGGAUACCAAUAUGCCUGCAACGGAUAUGAUGAGACUGCUGUCAAAAACCCUCAGGACGCUCAGGAAAUAUCACGUGCCAACUUGAAGCGAUAUCUUUUCUACUUCAAUCGGUACAUGGGGCACGAACAGAGUUUGCAGCUUGAGGGAAAGCUCAAUAUAAAAGUUGCGAAGAAAAUGGAACAGAUGGAGAAUAUGUCCAUGUCAUGGAUUGAAGUUCAAUUCCUGCGAAAAGCUGUCGAUAUUCUAUCAGAAUGCCGUCGUACUUUGAUGUAUACAUAUGCAUUUGCAUUUUAUUUGAAGAAAGAUAAUAAUUCGAUUAUUUUUGAAUCAAAUCAAGCAAAUCUCGAAAUGGAAACCGAACAGUUAUCCGGAUUCUUGGAGAGAGAUCUUGAAGAUGAAGAUUUAGUUACUCUUAAGCAAAAGGUCCAAGACAAAUAUCGCUACGUAGAACAACGCCGCAAAGUGCUUUUAGAUCAUUGCGCUGAAGGUGCGGAGCAAGACAUUUGGCAGUACAACGAUUGAAUCUUUAAGUCUUUUAAUCAUUAAUUAUCAUAUUCUUAAUCUCUUUUACCAGUUUGACUGGAAUCUUUAUCUAUUUAUUUUUUUACAUUCUUACUCCGGCUCAUUAAGGGUAUUCAUUUCGAUUCUCACUAUUGAAAUAUGCUAAAUUAGCAUUUGUCUAGAUAUAAUUUUAUGUGUUUUUCUUCAAAAAUUUUCCUGCGUUUCCAUGUCCUUUCCAUUUCCCCUUCAUAUCUUCAUGUUCAUUCUCACUGAUUGUAAUUCGAGAAUUAAUUCGGAAUACGUUAUGGAAAAAAGUUUGAAUUGACCCCUU